AAUGGCGCGGUUCUGUUGAACAGUACAAAGAUGUCUGGAGACUGUGAGGAUAUUCAUAGCGUCCGCAAGGCACUCAAGCAGUGGGAGUCUGCCUUUUACAUUGUGCACCGGAGGAAGCCUGAUAGAAAUGAUAUCAAUCAAGCUCCAGUUGAUAUUCAAGAUAAAUAUCGCCAUUACAAUGAUUUGAAGAGAAGAUCAUCAUCAAGUUCAAGUCAAGAGGUCUCACAGAAGCCUACCACAUCCAAGGAUGACAGUAGUGGCGGCGUGUGGGGCGUGGAGUUGAACAAAAAGCCGGUGACCACGGACUCUGAGACUUCUUCUACUGGUUCCAAGAGUGACUCCUUACACAAACUGGGUGCAAAGCUGUUUAAAAGUUUUGAAAAACAGGCAUGCCACACGGCCUCGCACGAGCACAGAAACAACAAAGGACUAAAGAAGAGUUUGUCCCGUACCUUGCCACAAGGCACUGCAAGUGGCAGCAAAGAAAAACAAGCAGCAGUUGAUGAUCGAAAUUCAUUUGGCAAAAGUUCAAGUUCAAAUGUUUUGCCUGUUGCAAAUGACAGAAGCCAGCCUACAGUUGGAGACGCAGGUGGUGAUGAUGUCUGCAGUGAUGACUUUGUGAUAAAGAGUGGGAUCUUUGGAGCGGCGGGGAAAGCUUUGAGUUUGAGUAGUAGAGAAGCUUCUAGAAAUCAGAAACCUCACUCAAAGCCUCGUCGUUCUUUUCUGACUGCUUCUGUGAAGUUGAGGCCUGAAGAUACUGAUGAAAGAGGAUCUACGCCAUCAGAAAAUGUGGAGGAAAAUUUCAAAUUUCAGAAAUAUGACGUGGAUAAUGAUAAUGAAUUCAUAACCAGUUCGUCUGCAGGUGGUAGUUCAGGGAGUUUUAGGAUGGUGACUUCAAACUUGGAUAAAUCUCAAAUUAGCAAUUCACGUGAAAAAAGUGGUGAAAAUAAUUCUUCAGAUGGAAAAAGUGAUAUAUUUUCCAGCAUUAAGAAUGUGUCUGUUACCCCGAAAGAUCUAAAUUUAGAUGUGUGUCCUGAGAAAUUUGUCAGUGCUGUGCAUAGUAGUGCUGUUUGUUCCAAGUCUUUGGAUAAAAUCUCUACUGCUGAAGAAAGUCUUGACGCUGUUUGUAAUGCGGAGAGUCGCCUGAAAACUUGUGAACGUGUAACACAGAAGACGAAGGUGCAUACUAAUUGGAUUACCAAACGUGCUGCUGACAGUAAUGAGUGUAACAUGGUAGAACCUGUGGAUACACUGGUUCAUACGUCUCGACAAACCAGAAAGCGCAAAAACAGUGGUGAUGAAAGGCAAACUGCAGAUGGACCAGUUCAUGAAAAUUCCACUCCAGGGUGUGGCAAGUCUGUUCAAGAAGAGGAUUCACAUCUGGAUAUACCUGACUCAAGUGGUGCGGGGAGCUCUAAAGUGAAGAAAAAAACAACUGCAGCAGCAUCAGCAACUCGGAAACGCUCCGCAGCCUCAAUGAAUGAAAAUUAUGUCUGUCUGAACAUGAAAAAGAAAGGAUAUCGCAGGAAAGGAGCGGGCAUGACUGGGUCACAGCUGAGAAAGAAACAGUGGAAGGCAAAGAUGGCGGCCAGGAGCCAGAGCUACGGCAGCAACAAAUGCUUCAAGUGUGGGCAGGAAGGACAUUGGGCCAACAAGUGUAAAGGCAAGGCGAAAAUGGGAAAGGACCUGGAUCCAAGUCAAGUGGAUAAAAGCUCCGUGGAUGAGGCAGACUUUCCCAGUCUCCGAGAGGCUGCGAUGAUGAGCUGUGGAGUCAAAGAGUCGGCGUCUGUGUCUUCUGCUGCCGCUCCUGACGACAUCUCGGACAUCGAAGCUGCUGUCAUCCGUGAGAGAGAGGAGGACCCUGCACCCCCCGCCCCGCCCCCGGUCUUCUCUUCUGUUGCUGACGAUGUGACCGGUGAAAUGAGGACUGCACUGGACAGCUUCGGCUUUGCGGACUUCAGGCCGGGCCAGGAGCACAGCAUUACGCGCAUUCUUCAAGGUAAGUCUCUCCCCUGGCUCUGA